ACUAGGCCACAACUUCCCCUACGUCGUUAAAAGGAACUUAAAAUUGCACAACAGAUUUCUGCAAAAGCAUAUUUCUCUUUUUACUCCAUCCCACCAUCACAUUUUUAAUAAGUAAAGGGGAAUUUAUCAUUAGCUGUUCACUGUCAACUGAUAAGAGAACAUGCAAAGAGGUUUUAUGAGCUUCAACACAGACUGAAGAAAAUGACAGGAACUACUUUUGGACAUCAAAAUGUGACCAGUUUCACAACAGACAAUUCUACCAUGCAGGCAGAGGACUUUUCGGGCAUUAAAGUCUUCAAAAUAUGCAUUUACUUGGCAAUCUCUGUCGUAGGUCUCAUCGGGAACGGGCUUGUAAUAUUUGUGACCGGCUACAAAAUGAAGACAACUGUCAACUCCAUUUGGUUGCUCAACUUGGCGAUUGCAGACUUCAUCUUCUCUUUAACUCUAUUCAUAAGAUUCAUUUUAGCCUUAUGCAAGCUGGUUUGUCACUUUGGUGACUUCAUAUGGAAGUUUCUCCUAUUUAUGAUUUACUUAAACAUGUUUGCCAGCAUUUUUCUGCUGACGACUAUCAGUCUGGACCGAUGCCUUUGCACAUGGAUGGUUGUGUGGAGUCGGAACAAUCGAACCCUGUUCAAAGCUAGAAUCAUCAGCAAGGUUGUGUGGGUUUUAUCUAUCAGCUGCAGCAUCCCCGCAGUCAUCAAUCACGCAACAGCAAUGCCUGAAGUACACGGUAAAAAUACAACUUUUAUAAAAUCCUACAAGUCUUUGGUCACAUUUAGGUUCAUAGUGGGCUUCUUCAUCCCCUUCCUGGUCAUUGCAUCUUCAUAUAUAAGUAUCGGCAUCCGUGUAAAAAGCCUCAAAAAGAGGAUGCAGUUCAGGUCUUACCGGGUCAUUAUAGCUCUGGUCCUGGCCUUUUUUAUAUGCUGGCUUCCUUUUCAUAUCCAAGAGUUUUAUGACAUAAGUGCAAAGGAGAAUCAGUGGAGUGAGUCUGCUAAGGAUGUUUUAUUACAAACAAAAGCUGUAGUGAACUGCCUGGCUUUUCUAAGCAGCUGUCUGAACCCCAUUCUCUACGUGUUCAUGUGUGAUGAGUAUAAGAAGAAGCUCAAACAGUCUCUGCUGCUAGUGCUGGAGACGGCUUUUGCUGAGGAUCAUCAGGACUUCAAAGUCUCAAACCAAACAGAAGACGUCGCUAUCUCUGUGCUUGCCAGCUGACACGAUGAAAAACCAAGCCAUUAAAAUGAUCUAGGCAUUCAUGAAUCUGCUUCCUUACCUUGAUAGCCGCACUUUUAUGACUUAUACAAAUGAGGUUGAAUAAAAUAUACAACCAUAAACUGCAUUAUACGAGUGGAAAAGUUGAAUCAAUGCUCAGUCUGUUCUAUUUUGGGAGAAAAUAUUUUGAAACUCUGCUUAAAUCUUGUUGGCUAUUUUAAUGCAACAUUGUCUCAUGUAAUACAUUAUAUGGAAUAAUACCUAUUUUUCCCAAAUGAGGGGCCCUUUUAUACUGAGAAAUGUAAUUUCAUGGUGAAUGUGAUUUCCCCAAAUACAAUGUAUUCCUGGAUCAACAUCCCAAUCAACCAAUCAGAUUUUAAGGAUAAAUUUACAACAAGUGUUAUGUGCUUCUGUACCCUUGUUAUUAUAAUUUGUUAACUAUAAUUUCCCUCUGUUUUUUGGCACAAAUUAUGGGUAGCGGAAGGGUUAGUUCUAUGUUUUUGGACAGUAAUGUUGUUCCAGGAUCAAGAAGAAACUAGAUUUUGCUAAUUUGAUUCUAAUUGACACUGGACUGGUUCUCUUUUGCAAGCAUUCAAAAAUGAGUCAGAGAUGUACCAAAUUGUGUGUUCCAAACACUGAGAGUCCUGCAUGGAAAUGUUUAAAUAAUAACAAAGUAAAAAUGUAAUUCUUAAAAGCAAGAUGUUCGAUUAAGAUGUUAAAAUUAAGAUGAUGUUUAAUUAUAUUAAAUCUUGCUUUUGCCAUCAGUCAUUUCACCUGUUCUCACUGUAUCACAUAGGUCAGGUUUUCAGCCUGAUAAGAGGUAGCUGGCCAAGACACAUCAGUCGGGUUCCCCAUCUACUGUAGCUUAAGUUUCCACUGCGUUCACACAGGUGUUUUCUUCAGUGACAAUGAAGCACAUAUGAAAGCAUAUACUUUAUAAACAAUCAUGUUGUCAUUUUCAUUAGAAAAUGUAUCUUUCAGUUUAAUAAAUUUUCCAGUUCAUGUGGCAAA